AUGGGCCUUUCAGCUGUUCAACUGCGUGUAUGUCUUCAGUCUUAUUGGUAUAUGUGGGUGACAAAUUCUAUUACGGGAUUAUUGUUCACUGGUAUUGGUAUUGGUAUUGCUGCAUUCUUUAUGAAAAAAUUUAGAAAGACUAAAGCAAAACCACAUGCACGGGCGCCCAACACUACAAAACGUUCAGAACGACCUUUCAGUCCUACUGAUAUAAAUACACUUGAUAAUUCAUUUGGCACUGGUACAACUGGAACAGGCGUUAUUGGAACAUAUGCACCACGUAUUACUUCAGCUGACUCAACAAAUGAAAUUGGUUUACUAGAUAGUAGUGAAGCAUUUGCACAAGCAACAUUUCAAGCAAUAAAUGGUUUUCGUCGUCGAUAUGAAGCUCAACCAUUAGAACUUAAUGAUCAAUUAUCUGAAAUUGCUCAACGUUGGGCAGAACAUAUGGCUAGUAGUGGUAAAUUAGAACAUAGUCCACCUGAAUGGCGUAAUUUAGGACGACAAACACUUGGAGAAAAUUAUGCAGCAUCAUUUCAAGUUGAAUUAACAGGAGAGAAAAUGGUUAGAAAAUGGAUGAAAGAAGGAAAACGAUAUAUGUUUGGUCAUGAUGGACGUAAAGAUACAGAAAAUUUUACACAAUUAGUUUGGCGAGCAUCACAAGAAAUUGGUGUUGGACGAGCUCGAUCUGAUGAUGGAAAUUGGUGGUAUGGUGUUGUUAUAUUUGAUCCUCCCGGUAACAUUCCAAAUCAAUAUGCAGAAAAUGUUCAUUUACCAGCUGAAAUAAAAUAA